UUUACUGAUUUCAUCAAAACUUUGCCUCCAUCAUCCCUGGAUAUGGAACUUCGAAUUCUUCAGAUUGUGGGUGAUGAGGAUGAAGAAGAGUCAGAAAAGUUGCUUCCAAUUGAACUGCUUCUCGACUAUUUUAUACACGAGACUGCAUGCAGAAACAAUUUUGACCUUGUACAAGCUGUGAUCAGGGUUUUUCUGAAGAUCCAUGGCGAAACAAUUCGACGCCGGUCACAACUACAGGAUAAGGCAAGCAAGCUCCUAGACGUUCAAUGCAACUCAUGGCAAAGAGUAGAUAAAAUGUUUGAAAGUGCUAGGUGCAUGGUCACUUCUCUUGGCAAUUCACAGUUUUGACUGCCCCAAAAUUUUUUGUUGUAUCUGGCCAUCCCCGAUUUUGUGCUAGGGUUUGGUCUCAGUUCUGAAUGGUAGAAAAUAUUUGUUGUAAUCUCAGGUUGGCCGAGAUGAUGCUCUCUC